AUGGACUCUCACAAAAACAACCUAAAGUCAUUUAGAACAAGUUCUGACACACCUGUCCUUUGCAGAACCACACUGUUCUGGAUGGAGAACGUGACGUCUCUGGUAACUCCCCUCAGCCAGCCCAUUGUGUUCAAGCUGGAGGGCUUCCAUAUUCCACCAGGCUACGGCCCAUUCCUGUUUUUUCUGGCUCUGUUUAACUACUUGGUGGUGCUGUUUGGGAACGGUGUGGUGAUGUGUGUCAUCAUCAUAGACAAGAGCCUGCACAGACCCAUGUUUGUGAUGGUUUGUCACUUGGUAUUCUGUGACAUGAUGGGGUCCACCGCGGUGUUGCCUCGCCUCAUGCUGCACUUUCUGACGGGGGAAAAAAGAAUCACCUACGUCUCGGCCAUCGCUCAGGCCUUCUGUGUGCACACGUACGGAGCCGCAGUGCAGACUAUUCUGGGGGCCAUGGCGUACGACAGGUACAUCGCUGUGUGUGCGCCGCUCAGGUAUCACGCCAUCAUGACUCCAGCUCGGCUGCACUCCUGCUGCGCGCUCUCCUGGUUUGUCGCUCUGCUGUGUAUCGUUGUGCUCUUUGCCCUCCACGUGAAUACGCCGCUGUGUGGCAACACCAUUCGUAACGUGUACUGCGGCAACCGUCCUAUCCUGAGCCUGGCCUGCCGGUCCACCCCCGUUAAUAAUAUCUAUGGUCUGUCCAUGACCUGGUGCUUGAGUACGGGGGUCUUUGUCAUCAUUGCUUUCACCUACAUCCAAAUCCUGCACACAGUAAAACAGAGCAGAGAUGGAAACAGAGCCCGCAGCAAGGCCUUUCAGACGUGCGCCUCGCACCUUGUGGUGUAUCUUAUCUAUGAAAUAGCAUCACUGGUCAUAAUCCUCGGGCAGAGGUUUGCCUCCGUCUCCCAAAACAUCAAGAAAUUCUUCGGCAUCCUGUUUAUCAUCAUUCCACCAGCCAUUAACCCCAUCAUCUACGGACUGUUCAGUAAAGAGCUGCGUGCUAGCAUCAUUAAGAAUUUUACCACUGAAUUAAGUCUGAAAAAAUGAGAGUGCUUUAAAAUGUAAAAAGGGUUCCUGACCUCUUUCAUGUCUGUACUAAAAAAUAAAGCGGUGCAGAACAAACAUCUGAGGAACAUCCCACACAAUCAUAACAAACCUCUAAAUCUGGGUUUCUUUCUUGAG